AUGGCCUAUACAUCCAUACCCAAAGUUCUCCAAGCUAACCUGAACCGCUGCCGCGCCGCCCAGGAUCUUUUCCUACAGUCCAUGGCAAAGCGCGGUAGCGGUUUGGGUAUUGUGGCGGAACCGUACCGUGUGCCUAACAAUCACCCGUGUUGGGCGUCAAGUCGGUGUGGCCUUGCUGCGGUAACGUGGAGGCAAACUGCCUGUCCCGAGCCUUGCACUAAACUAGUGGCGGGCGAAGGUUACGUUGCGGUUAAAUGGGGACAGGUUGUGGUCAUCAGUGCCUACGUCUCCCCUAAUAGGAGUAGGGCCGAAUUUUGGGACAUCCUUAAUCAAAUAGGGAUGUGUCUAACCAGAUUCGGUCCCGCCCCGAUUGUCGUGGCUGGGGACCUCAAUGCUAAAUCGGCACUGUGGGGAUCCCCGGUCACGAAUGCUUGGGGGAGUGAAGUGGAAGAUUGGAUGGCGAAGAGAAACUUGCUUUCUCUCAAUCGAGGGAAUAGAUGGACGUGCAUAAGACCCAAUGGGGGAUCCAUUGUGGAUAUCACGAUGGUGAACCCGGAGGGAUUGCGCCGAGCUGGGGGAUGGGGGGUGGUUGAGGAUGUGGAGACAAGGUCGGACCACGAGUAUGUGGAGUUUUCCCUCAUGGCUACCCCUCGUGAGACUGUGGAACGUCGAAGAGCAGCACGCGAGAAAUUUCUGCGAUGGCAGUGGCGUAAGGCGGAUCGCGACUUGUUUCGUGCUGCGACGCUAACUGCACUAUGGGAGGACAAUGUUCUGCGGAAUGCAGCGAAUAGCGUGGAAGAUCAGGCUGAAAGGAUCGGAGCUAUCAUGAGGCAAGCAUGUGAUGCUGCGAUGCCCCGAUCCAACCCGAUCCCACGCAAGGGAAUGUACUGGUAA